AUGGAGAAGAGGGAGGCUGUGAGGCAGGAGGUGGAUGAGUGCAAGUCCAACCCCUGUCUGAACGGGGGCUACUGCCGAAACCUCAUCAACAACUACCUGUCCUCAACACCUUCACCCUCCACCGCUGUCCUCCCCCUCCUCCUCUUCCUCCCACCUCUACCCUCCUCCUCUUCCUCACCCCUUCUCCCCAUCCAGUUGACCUCUGAAGGGCUGACCGCUGACCUGUUGCUGUCGGUCAGUCUGGUGUCAGUGGUGCUGCUACUGGCCCUGGUCAGUAUCUCUGUGGGCCUGGUGGUGGCUCUGAACCGUAGGGCCACCCACGGUACYUACAGCCCCAGCCGACAGGAGAAGGAGGGAUCCCGCGUAGAGAUGUGGAACAUAGCCCAGCCGCCGCCCGUGGAGAGACUCAUAUAAAGCAUGGCCCAGUUCCAAACCCACCACUCAGCACUGUCCCAACACUGUUCCAUGGAGACAUAUUGAGACACACUCACUGGCCUGGGCCCAG